AUUCGAGUGCUCGACGGAUUUUUUUAGCUAGGGGAAAAUAGUAGGAAGCCAGCACUAGCAGACGGCGAGAAUUGGAGCUUGCGUUCUGAAACCUUCAGCCAACUGCCAUGGAAAUAACUUCCUGCUCAACGCUAUAUUAUCGUCCUCUCAAAAGAACCCCGAAUUGCAACUGUUCCGACUCAUAUCUUAUACUCAAUCAGCCAAGAAGUAGGCUCCAUCCGUCUUCUCCGCAUCUCUCUGUAUUCUCGAGAAGCUGUAAUUUCAAUGGAAAGAGUUUACGACUCGGAAGAUUGCCUGCUUUCAGUAGCCCCAGCCGUUCCGACCUCGACUCGUCUCAAGAACUCGCGGUUCUUCUCGAAGUUGAAGGAGUCCUCGUGGAUGCAUAUCGCUCGACUAAUCGCCAAGCUUUCAAUGAGGCAUUUCGGAAGCUUGGACUUGACUGCGCAAAUUGGACUGAGCCUGUAUAUUCAGACCUUGUGAGGAAAAAUGCUUCUAAUGAGGAACGGAUGCUAAUUACGUAUUUUAACCGUAUUGGUUGGCCGACUUCACUGCCAACAAAUGAGAAGGAAUCAUUUAUUAAACGUGUUCUGCAAGAAAAGAAAAAUGCAUCAGAUGAAUUGAUGGUCUCACAAAGCUUACCUUUACGGCCAGGAGUUGAAGAUUUCAUUGACAAUGCAUAUAAUGAAGGAAUACCUGUGAUUAUUCUCACGGCCUACAGCAAGACUGGAGAAGAAAUUGCUAGAUCUAUCAUUAAUAAGCUUGGACCGGAGAGAAUAUCCAAAGUAAAGAUUGUUGGGAAUGAGGAGGCAAGACAGAGUUUAUAUAGUCAGGUUGUGCUUGGUCAAGCAAAGCAUUCAGGUCUGGAUGAGCAACUAGCUAAGGAAGCAAUGAAAGCAGCUUCUGCCGAGAAACAAAGGAUAGCUGAGAAGGUUGCAUCAGCGCUAAAGUUGAGUGUUGAGAUAAAUAUUACCUCAUCUGAAAGUUUGGAGAAGAUCACAUGUGCAUUGCGUGCUGGAGCAGAACUUGCAGGCAUACCUGUUUCAAAUUGCAUCCUUAUUGCAGGAACCCAGUAUGGGGUUGAUGGAGCUGUUCAAAUAGGCAUGCCAUGUAUUGUACUACGUAGUAGUUUGACAUCAAGAGCUGAGUUCCCUUCAGCAAAUGCUAUAAUGGAUGGCUUCGGAGUAGGUGGUUUGACCAUUACCAGAUUACGGCAAAAGACAUGGUCUUGAGAUAGCUGGCCUCGUGUUAUUUCUGUCUUUUCUAAGAUGAAGCCUUUGUAUUUAACACUGCUAUAUGACAGUUUUCAUGCUCAAAUGUAUGGCUUUAAAUCUUGAAACUUUUGAGAAAUAAUAGAGAAUAAUGUUUCCUUAGCGUACAUCAGAACUCAGAAGCAUGAGAAUAAUUACAUAUUUUAGGAGCAAAGCAACACUGUGUACUGGCCGGCC